AGACCUGGGGAAAAGACAAGCGGUAAAAGGCGCUGUACGCAUGCGUUAGAAGCCGCCCCAACUCUCUCGCGGAGUCCUUCCUUGGAACAAAACUAACGCGGAGAUACCGAGCUCCGCAAUUUGCGUAGACUCCAGUUUCUUACACCUCCGACUCUCCGAGUGGAAUCGGCGAGUGGUGCAGUUCCCCUACGUAAGGCGCGUUGGCAUCUGAAUGGCUGGGCGGCGCGGAUACGCCGCUAGCGUAGCACCCUGAGGCGGACGGGGUGCGGCUGCGCAGGGCACCGGAGUGGGCCGGGUACGCCGCUAGCGUAGCUCGGCGAGGGAAGCGCUGGACUCCGCGACGCAGUUAGCGCAGGCGGCUUUGGUGAAUACACGGUUUGGUGCAGCCGGGGUUUGGUACCGAGCGGAGAGGAGAUGCACACGGCACUCGAGUGUGAGGAAAAAUAGAAAUGAAGGUGCACAUACACACGAAAUUUUGCCUCAUUUGUUUGCUGACAUUUGUUUUCCAUCAUUGCAACCACUGCCAUGAAGAACAUGACCAUGGCCUUGAGGAGCUUCACAGGCAUCAUCGUGGGAUGACAGAGUCAGAGCCCAGCAAAUUUUCAGUGCAGGAUGCUGAAAAUGAGAAAAAGUACUAUAUUGAAAAACUUUUUGACCGUUAUGGUGAAAAUGGAAGAUUAUCAUUUUUUGGUCUGGAGAAACUUUUAACAAACUUGGGCCUUGGAGAGAUAAAAGUAGUUGAGAUUAAUCAUGAGGAUCUCGGCCACGAUCAUGUUUCACACUUAGACAUUUUGGCAGUUCAAGAGGGAAAGCAUUUUCAUUCGCACAACCACCAGCAUUCUCAUAAUCACUUAAAUUCAGAAAAUCAAACUGUGACCAGUAUAUCAACAAAAAGAAACCACAGAUGUGACCCAGAGAAGGAGACAGCUGAAGCACUGGUCAAAUCUGAUGACAGGCACCUGCAUGACCACAAUCAUCGCUUUCAUCAUCACCACCGUUCACACCAUCACCUGGAUCAUAACACUACUCGUCAUGUUCACAAUGAUUCCAUUACUCACAGUGAGCAUAGCGAGACUAGCCAUGGACCUUCAACAGAGACCAAUAAAACACAAGAACAGUCUGAAGUUAAGUCCCUGAAAGUAAGGAAGAAGAAAAAAGGGAAGAAAAAGAAUGAAAACUCUGAGGUUAACACACCAGGUUUCCUCCCCAGCCACGAUCACAGUGAACAGUAUGAGCAUAAUCGGGUUCACAAGCUUGACCGUGCACACAGCUCGAAUCAUCCUCACGCACAUCUUCCAGAGCACAGUGGGCAUGAUGCUAGUCAUGGACACCAAGAUCUUGAUCCCGACAGUGAAAGUGAACUUCGGCAUACUAGAAAGAGGGAAGCACCACAUGUUAAAAAAAGUGCAAUUUAUUCAACCCCAAGUCACAAAGAUCAUAAUGAAGAUGACCGCCAACAUGAAUGUUUGAACGUCACUCAGUUGUUAAAACACUAUGGUCUUGGUGCCAAUUCUCCCAUCUCACCUGAUCUGUUCACGUACCUUUGCCCUGCCUUACUGUAUCAGAUCGACAGCAGACUUUGUAUUGAGCAUUUUGACAAACUUUUAGUUGAAGAUUUAAAUAAAGAUAAAACUCUGAUUCCUGAAGAUAAGGCAAAUAUAGGGGCAUCAGCAUGGAUUUGUGGGAUCAUCUCUAUCACCGUCAUUAGCCUGCUUUCCUUGCUAGGUGUGAUUUUGGUCCCUAUCAUUAACCAAGGAUGCUUCAAAUUCCUUCUCACAUUCCUUGUUGCUCUGGCUGUGGGGACAAUGAGUGGUGAUGCCCUUCUUCAUCUACUGCCCCAUUCUCAGGGUGGACAUGACCACAGUCAUCAGCAUGCGCACGGGCAUGGCCACUCACAUGGACAUGAAUCUAAGAAGUUUUUGGAGGAAUAUGAUGCUGUGUUGAAAGGACUUGUCGCACUAGGAGGCAUUUACUUACUGUUUAUCAUUGAACACUGCAUUAGAAUGUUUAAGCACUACAAACAACAAAGAGGAAAACAGAAAUGGUUUAUGAAGCAGAGCACAGAAGAAUCAACUAUUGGAAGAAAGCUUUCAGAUCAUAAGUUAAACAACACACCGGAUGCUGACUGGCUUCAGCUCAAGCCUCUUGCCGGAACUGAUGACUCUGUUGUUUCUGAAGAUCGACUUAAUGAAACUGAAUUGACAGAUUUAGAAGGUCAACAGGAAUCCCCUCCUAAAAAUUACCUGAGUGUGGAAGAGGAGAAGAUUAUGGACCAUUCUCACAGUGACGGACUACACGCCAUUCAUGACCAUGACCUCCAUAUUACUGCUCACAACCACCAUGACGAAAAUAAGACUGUGCUGAGGAAACACAACCACCAGUGGCACCAUAAACAUUCUCAUCAUUCACACGGCCCCUGCCACUCUGGGUCAGAUCUGAAAGAAACAGGAAUAGCGAAUAUCGCCUGGAUGGUUAUCAUGGGGGAUGGCAUCCACAACUUCAGUGAUGGGCUAGCCAUAGGAGCUGCUUUCAGUGCGGGGCUGACAGGAGGAAUCAGCACUUCCAUAGCGGUCUUCUGCCAUGAGCUGCCACAUGAAUUAGGUGAUUUUGCAGUUCUUCUUAAAGCAGGCAUGACCGUAAAGCAAGCAAUCGUAUACAACCUCCUCUCUGCCAUGAUGGCCUACAUAGGCAUGCUCAUAGGCACAGCUGUUGGUCAGUAUGCCAACAAUAUCACACUCUGGAUCUUCGCAAUCACUGCAGGCAUGUUCCUCUAUGUAGCCUUGGUGGAUAUGCUCCCAGAAAUGCUGCAUGGCGAUGGUGACGAUGAAGAGCAUGGCUUUUGUCCAGUUGGACAGUUCAUCCUUCAGAAUUUAGGAUUGCUUUUUGGAUUUGCCAUAAUGCUGGUGAUUGCCCUCUACGAAGACAAAAUUGUGUUUGACAUCCAGUUCUGACCAUUCCCAGUGAUCUUUGUUGAUUGCGAGAAUGUUCCAUACAGCUUGCAUCUGUUCCUUGUACUGUAUGCACGUUGCUCAAAGAGAAGUCAGUGGCUUGCACUACUUACAAGUUCCAUAGAUUUGAGCCUAACCACAAAAGACUGGUGCUCAGUACUGUUUUCUCUGCAUGAAUGAGUCUUUUAAAAAUAUAGUUUGUGAUAAUGACAGGAGAAAAUGGGACUCCAUGAACCAAUGUUAAUAUAAGUUUGAUAAGACUUUUAAAACAAUAAUCAUAUAAAACACUAGUCUUUUUAUUAGUAGAAACUUCUGUGGCUAUGCAGAAAUAGAUACUGAACCAAAAAAUCAUUUAAACUUUAAAAAUAUUUUAAAUGGACUUUGAGCAGACAAUUUUUGUGUGUGCUAAGAAUGAAUAAUUUUAGUGCCCUUUAAUUCAGUUACAUAUAUACAUGCGGGAUUAAUAGGGAUCAACUUGACACAACUUUGAAAAUGUAUAAAGUAGACUUUAGGAGCUAGAGAAAAGCCCAGGCUGCAUUAGUAUAUGAAUUUAGCAUUGGGAAAAGCCCUUAUUCUUGAAUCUAGAGUUACUAUUUUUGUAUAUAUUUGCAUAGGGUUUAAACUUGCAGCCUAAACUACUGAACUUUGUGAUUGUAUGUUUGUGUGAGCUUCAGUUUAAUGAAAGAAACAUAAUGGUUCUUUGUAUUAUUAUAAUACUUGGUGUUUGGGGUUAUUUUCUGUGUUUUUUUAACUUUAAUUUUGUUUUUAUUUGGGGGCGGGUCAAAGCAUGUAGUUAGAUGCUUUUUCCUUCAAAUUACAACUCUAGAAACUAUCAAAGAACAGGCGUUCAAUUUUCCAAGUACUAAGUACGUUAAUUGGGACAUUUAAGUCCGAAUGUUGAUGUUAACUUUACCAGUUUGGCAUUGAAACUCAGAGCACAUGCUGUGGCUGGCAAUAAAGUUGUAAUGCAGAAAAUCCAAGUUUACCAGGUUUAUAAUCUGUAUAUGACCUAUCAAGUAAGCAGUUACCAGGAUGAACCACACUGAUACCACAGCUAGUAUGGUACCAGUUAAAUGACUAAGCCAACAUCCCUUGAUGCAUUGUGCCAAGAUACUAACACUGUGGGUGCCUGGUAGGGAGUAGUAUAUGUUUCGGGUGACUGUUCGUAUAUCACCAUUACAGAUGAUUUGUGAGAAGUGCAAGCCAUGUUUAUCCUGAGUUUUGACUCAGUGAUUUAUAGUAUUAGUUAUCUGCAUGUAGCUCUCUGUUUACAUCUUCUGCCUCUUGAUUUUCAUUUAUGCCAGGUAAACUAUUUCUGAACUGUGUGCAGCUAGCUUUAUUUUCGUCUGCUUGGCAGCCAGAAUAGCCCUUUUAAACCUUACCAUUCAAAACUGUAAGAGCCAAACCCUUUCCAUUCCAUUUUAAAUGUUUUCAUUUAGCUCUUCUUCCUUCUCCAGUUCUUUUCUUACUCUGUGAAUAUUUUAAAACAGAAUUGUGAGAGCAGCACAUGCAUCCAGGUAUCAGCAGGUCAGCACCAGUGUUUCUUCUUCGUAUUACAAGCCGAGGAGCUUGGGUUAAAGUUACUGCUUCUGUAAUUUAUGUUUGGAUUUGAAAAUUGUCUUUGACUUUUCCUGUGCCCUCCUUGUAGUAAAUAGUUUUGUAUACCAGUUUUCAGCACUGGGCACUGAACUAGAACAGUCCUCACCUCACCACUUGGCCCUUCAAGCAACCUUGCUUAAAGGUGCUGGCAUUUUACUUAGUACUGCCAACUUCAAGUGAGUCACAUAUCUUGCUUUCAGAACCAAGAUAUAUUUAUAGCUCACUUUGGAGUUUUAUACCCAAGGAGGAUUGUACAUUCCAGCAUUAAAUCUGUUUCAUUUAAAAGCAACAGCUAGAAUGAAUAUACUCUCAGUCAUGAGUGCCUCAUUUAAAGCCCAUCGGUUAUGCUACAGUAUAUAAAGUUUUAUAUUCUCAAAAAAUGGUAUUAUCUUUAUUUGCUAGCUUUUCUUAACCUUUUAGGAGGGCUUUAAUAGUUGCUGCUAGUAUUUUGAUAAUGUUUCACCAAUAUUUAGUUUUUACUUCAUUCUAGUGUAUAGUUUUCAGAUCUUACUAGACAACCUUAAUUCCACUACAUUUCUGUUUGGCUCCAGCAUUCCACUUAGCUUGACCAGUCUAGUUUUGACAUGUGUUUGUUGGAGGUCGUCAACGUUACUUGUCCAAUGCUGUCACCAUGUGACAUCCAUAUGAAUUUUGGUGUAUAUCACAUUGCACUCAAUCAGCUGUGAUUAUGCUUAGAAAUAUGAUAUAGUAACUAGAUGCAGUGUGAACUUUUUCCAUUAACAGUACGUCAGUAGCUUAAAUGUGAUUAUGGUCCUGCAAGGUGAUACAUACUAAAAUAUCUGAACUUUUUUUGUUGUAACAGAAUCUUUUUUUUUUUUUUAAUUUUUUAAGCUGGAAGUGAUCAAAUGCUGUUUUUUUCAUUGUCAGCAGUGGUGUGUCACUUUAUGUAUGUUCCUGAUGCUCAUGGAACUCUCCCAAAAUAAAGUUACUCAAAAAGAGAAAGUA